CUAACCGUCCAAUCAGUUUGAAACUGUAACCGCGCGCGCCCAAAGUGCCUUUGUAGUAGCCAAUGAAUAAUUGCCAACUUCUUUCAAAGUUCCCGCCACUCGCGACCCUAUAAGAUGUCCCAGCUUCCUCUGUUCGGAGCUCUCGACCUCUGCCGUUGCAUCGGUGCGUGUCGAGGGCCCGGUCUCGAGCCCGUAUUAAACUCCUUUGUGCCCUUGCAUCGGUUGUCUGUGUCCUUGGGGGCUGCACUGGUCGACGUGGGCACAACAUUUUGGGGGCUCGUCCGGGAUCGACGAGUGCAGACCCCAACUGCCGAGCAACCGAAAGGAGUUCUAAAGCGCGCAGGUGAGUUCCAACACUCGCCCAGGUAAGCUUCAAGUCUGCAGACCUGUAGUUGUACUUAGUACCUGUAUCUUUUGUACUUUGUACCUGUAGAAGCUGUUUUGUACUUAGUACCUGUAUCUUUUGUACUUUGUACCUGUAGAAGCUGUUUUGUACUUAGUACCUGUAUCUUUUGUACUUUGUACCUGUAAAAGCUGUAAUUGUUUGCAAACCUGAAAAUCUGUUCAAUAGCCGGGUCAGGCUUAAGUGGACGCACUUGAAAGCCGCCGGCGUGGACCGCGGGAGACGUCCCCGGACCACAUGUUAGGAAGGCCACACCCUUUGCGGGGAAGCAGAUACCCCUUUUGGGGGCCUUUUGAAAAAUCAGUCUUUGGCCUGUUUCUUGUGACGACAGCCACUGUACUUCUAGCAUUUGUCAUCAUGGGUCAAUCACCAUCUACCCCUCUAUCCGUUGUUUUACAGCAUUUUAAAGAUGUCAGGUCCAGAGGGUCGGACCUCAGUGUAAAUAUAAAAAAAUCCCCUCUAAUCACCUUUUGUUCCUCAGAGUGGCCGAAGUUCGGAGUUGGUUGGCCCCCGGAGGGAACUUUUGAUUUACAGAUUGUCCGUCGCGUAAAGGAAAUCAUCACCAGUGAAAGAAAAUUCGGACAUCCUGACCAACUCCCGUAUAUCUUAGUCUGGCAAGAUCUAGUCCAGAACCCCCCUGCUUGGUUAAAGCCAUUUUUGUCGUUACAGGCACAACCCGUACUGCCGGCUAAACUGCUUGGGUCCCACCCCAACACCCCGUCGGCACCUGCGGUUAUCCAAGAUUCUACCCCGGAGGAACUUCUAUUUCCACCACCCUAUCAUAACCCUUGUAGUAACCCUCCCCAACUCCUGCGGUCGGCUGACCACCCUCCCCCAGAGGCGGGCGGGGCUCGUGGGCAGGGUCCGGCGGCAGGCACCCGCUCAGUGAAGGCGAAUUCCCCGGAUUCCACCGUCCUGCCCCUGCGUGUGGCAGGAUUGCCUAAUGAGCAGGGCAACCAGCCCAUGCACUACUGGCCGUUUGCGACCAGUGACCUCUACAACUGGAGAGCACAAAAUGCACGUUUCUCUGACAACCCUAAAGACCUUGUUAAUCUCCUAGACACUGUUCUAUUUACUCAUCAGCCCACCUGGGAUGAUUGCCAACAGCUCUUGCAGGUCCUCUUCACCACUGAGGAGCGAGAUCGUAUACUGACGGCCGCCAGGAAAUUAGUCCCUGGAGAAGAUGGCACACCCACCACAAACGCGGCCCGCAUAGAUUUAGUGUUUCCCUUGACCCGACCUGACUGGGAUUUUAACCAGGCUGAAGCAGGCUCACCAGGAGGUCUGGCCCCGCCUCAGAGCGCUCUAUGAAGGGGGAGGACCUUCUCAGACAGCCCACAAAUUUCAGCCUGGAGAUCUUGUCCUUGUCCGCCGACACAAGACCGACGGUCGUGGCCUCCAGCCCCGGUGGAAGGGUCCCUACAUCGUCCUCCUGACCACACCCACCGCACUCAAAGUGGACGGCAUCGCGGCCUGGGUUCAUCACUCACACGUCAAGACGGCACCAACUGACGACUCCCAGCUGCAGUGGCGAGCCCGGAAGCAUCCCACCAAUCCACUCAAGCUGACUCUUCAGGCGCUCCCGGCUACAACCCAUCGCUCCCAGACCACUGCCCACGCCGUGAAAAAUGACACCAAACUGUAAUGUUGGCUACCUACUGUCCUUCCUUUGUUUUCUCCUUGUCGGGGCUGACUGGGAUCCCUGCCGACGGUGCAUCACCGAAGGCAUAUUCGGUCAUAUUCAGAGCAAGUGCUAUGUUAGUAAGCGUGCUUGCAGCCUUAAGGGAGUUCCUCUGUUUGUGGCGACCCUGAUUAAGGGCACCACCCAUGGAUGUCCAGGUACAGUGGGAAGGGUGGUCUGUUGGAAGCGUUUAAAUCAAAUGCCGCCUAAAAAUGAAAGUUGCAAUCACUGUAAAGAGGGGGGGAGUUUUUCAGCCUAUACCUUUGUUCAUUCACAGUGCUAUGAAAGGUCUACUGUUUAUCAGUGCACAGAGUCCAAUCAAACUUUCUGGACUGGUAUAUCCUUAGGAAAUAACGCGGGAUAUGUAUGCCCUGUCAAAGCAGGAAAACCCUUUUGUUGGACUCUGCAAACCCACUGGGGGAUGACAGAUGGUGGGGGUGUGCAAGACCACGCACGAAAGCAGGAAGUUCAGAGGGUUUUUGAACAAGUUGCCCAAACACAGGAUCGGUGGUUCAAGCCGAUACACAUCCCAGGCCCGGUGGGUUCCCUUAAAUUGGAAAAGACAGUACAGGCCAUGUUAGACUCAGCCCUACAAUUUUUAAACAAGACCAACCCAACCCUGGCCAGCGAUUGCUGGUUAUGUCUAAGAGAAGGACCCCCCCGUUACACAGCGAUCCCUGCUGUGUACAACUGGAUUAAUUGGACAAACCUAAAGGGCCCAACCCAUACGUGUAACCAGACCUUGCCCAUCAAUAAUGUCAAGCUCUCCCCAACAGUUGCUCAGAUGCCAUGCCUUAGUCACAAUGGGACCUUAAGAGUGGGUCAAGUAAAUAAGGUACUCUGCAGUUCAGUAGUCAGUGCAACUAAGGCGCCCAGUUUUAAUGGCUCUGCCUCUAUGUGCCCGCCGGCACUGGGCACUAUUUUCUUCUGUGGCACCACAGCCUACCCCGUACUCCCUGCUAACUGGUCGGGCUUGUGCAUUUUAACAUAUCUCAUGCCCGAUGUGGGAGUGGUCCCAGGCAACCAAAGCCUUCCCAUACAGCUCAUCCAGUCUGUGCCUGCCGGACAUAAGCGGGCCAUAAUUACCCCACUACUGCUCGGCCUGGGGGUGGCAGCCGGAGUGGGGACCGGAGUUGCUGGAAUUGGGACCUCUGUUAACCUUUACCAAAAAAUUUCAGCUCAGCUGGUGGGGGACAUUGGGCGGCUAGCAGAUACAACCUUAGAGUUACAGUCUCAGUUAGACUCUUUGGCCGCGGUGGUCCUGCAAAACCGCCGCGGGCUAGAUCUUCUCACAGCAAAGGAAGGAGGCAUCUGUCUCUACCUGCGGGAAGAAUGUUGCUUCUAUGCUAACAAGUCAGGAAUAGUUAGAAAUAAAAUUAAGCAAUUACAAGAGGAACUAGAACACCGGAGAAAAAAACUAGAAGACAACAAUGCAUUUCUUUGGGAAGGCUUAGGAGGAUGGCUGCCCUAUCUCUUGCCUCUUCUGGGCCCAGUCGUUACCCUCUUCUUAAUUCUGUCUAUCGGGCCCUGUGUCAUUAAUCGACUCGUGGCCUUUAUUAAACAACGGGUAAACACGGUCCAGUUAAUGGUGCUGCGCUCCCAAUAUGCCCCCUUACGCCAAUAUAACUCUCCCCAACAACCCCUAAAACAGGACCCCUCCCAAUACAUAGAAGUGGAGCCCUGACUGUUUCCCCUCAUCGCCCACUUUCAGCAGGAAGCAGUUACUGAUCAGAACGACGCCCCUUUUCCCUGACUGCAGUUAGGGGCUCCAUUCCCAAAAAGGGAGGAAAGAGACAUAGGGCGAGUUAGGGUGAUUAAGCAAGUUUCAGGAACAGUACAAAAGAGGACCUCUAAGGAGUUUAGGAAGGCUUCAGGGAUAAAAACAACUAAAGAAACAUCUCUUGUUUAAGCAGAGUAAUUCUCAUUUGUGGCUGAGAACUUUUGCUGGACCUAUAACCCUGUGAAUGAACAACAAAAUGACACAUAAUGUGACUAAACGUAACCAUAAUUCUGAGACUGACUAACUGAUAAAAGGCUUGGUAGCUGUGUUAUUUUCUUAACUGACUAGCCGUUUUUUUCAAAAAAAAAAAAAAAAAAAAAAUGGGGAAAUGUGGAACCAAGCUUAGCUGAGGUUUCGCCAUUUUGUAUAUCCUCCACCUUGAUAUGUUAGUCCUUGUCCAGCCGCAUUCCGGAGAUAGUUUCAGCAGUCACAACCCUCACUCCACUUGGUGACGAAAAAGCAGACCACCCCAGCCGCCAAUGAGGGCAGUCCUGUCCAUAAAUGGGACAGCAUCUCUAACCGUCCAAUCAGUUUGAAACUGUAACCGCGCGCGCCCAAAGUGCCUUUGUAGUAGCCAAUGAAUAAUUGCCAACUUCUUUCAAAGUUCCCGCCACUCGCGACCCUAUAAGAUGUCCCAGCUUCCUCUGUUCGGAGCUCUCGACCUCUGCCGUUGCAUCGGUGCGUGUCGAGGGCCCGGUCUCGAGCCCGUAUUAAACUCCUUUGUGCCCUUGCAUCGGUUGUCUGUGUCCUUGGGGGCUGCACUGGUCGACGUGGGCACAACAGGCACCAAGGGCAUGGAGGGCGUCAGUGCCAGACAAGCCGCACUGACUCUUCACUAGCCCCAAGCUCUCAAUUAAGGGAGGAAUUCUCCUAAUCUAACAGAAUCUAACCUAUUACUCCUGUACUUAUUUAAUCAGCAUAGUUUUCAUAUCUAACUUUAAGAUCAAGGGAAAAUUCCUUUUUCUGUAAGAUUGCUGACUGUUGUUUUAAGGAACUACAAAUAUUUCAUCAGAGGCAGGGCCUGAGAUGGUUAUAGCUUUUGGUUCUCAGAAUGGUUAAUAUGUGACAUCAGCAGUGGUAACAUUGACUAUUUCCAAGUACAUUAUUUGUGCUGUCAAGAUUAUUAGCUUAACCAGUGACAAAAUUGUUGUUGGCUUAUUCGUGAAUGCAUACUCCAACAGCUACCAUACCCAUUGUCACUGAAAGGGAACUGUUAAGGAAAAGCGAAUCUUUCCCUGGUAAAGAGCCAUAGACAUGGAAAUGUCAGUAAAAGACAAGCUUGCUUCCUUAACAGGCAUAUCUAAACAAGGACUGGCAGCCUGCUAGGCUGGUUGUUCUCCUGGGCCAGUCUCAAAGAUCUGCAUCCUCCCCCUUUUCCUGUGUCAAGAAUUUGUAUGCUAACUAACCAAUGUUAUCAAUGAAUUACGCAGUGCCAUUUGCUGUCAGAUUGGUUAUUCAGUAAUUGAUCAAACAGCAUUUGCAGUUUUACUUUUAAAUGUGUAUUUUAACAAUGGUAGAAACUAGCCAUAAACAAAUGAGACUCUAGCAGGAGUCAGCUAAAGAGAUUCCUGACUUUUCAGGAAUCUGCCUCAUGCCUGGACCUUUGUCAGACUGCUAGGGGGAAAGGAUGUCCUGAGCUA